ACAACAAACUGCACUCGCAGGCCUGCAAAGCGCAGUGUGGGAGUUAAGUGGCCAGCCAUCCAGCGCUGUCAGAUUCCAGGUCCUCAGCCGUAGGCUCCAGCGUGAUGUAACAGGAAGCAGUGGGUUGCCUUCCACCGUCAACCUGACAGCCGCUCCGACUGCGCUGCGCUCAGUGAACGCCGGAGAUCCGCCGUGCUCGGUUCCCUGCGCCGAGCCCGAAGACGAGGAGACCGCUUGGAGGGGACUGGUUCCGCUGAGACUUGGUUCGGGUUCAGACGAACGUCCUGCGCUGCCGGUGGAUUGAACUCGACGAUCUGCAGCUGGUAAAUCAUCAGUCGGCUCUGAAAUGGCAACGAGACAUUUGAAUAACUGUGGACGUAGCUGGAAUGUGGCUCUCAUCCUGCUGUGUCAUCUAACAAUGUUUUUGGUGACGGCGAGCAUGGAAGUCAAUGACACCCAGCAGCAGCAUCCGACCAACGUCUACCAUGACAUGGGACUCACCAGGAACAAGAUAGUGACAGCUCAGUUUGAGUGCUAUCAAAAGAUAAUGAAGGACGAUGCUCACAGCAGACAAGAGCCCAUGUGUAAUCGUACUUGGGACGGUUGGUUGUGCUGGGACGACACCGAAGCUGGAAUUAUGUCUGAGCAGCACUGCCCUGACUACUUCCAGGACUUUGACCCUUCAGAAAUGGUCACAAAGAUUUGCACUGAUAGCGGCCAUUGGUUCCUGCACCCUGAGAGCAACCGGACGUGGACCAACUACACUCGCUGCAAUGAACACACCAACGAAGGCAGAGUGACCGCUAUGAAUCUCUUCUACUUGGCCCUUAUAGGACACGGACUGUCCCUGACCUCCCUGCUCAUCUCCCUCGGCAUAUUCUUCCAUUUCAAGAGUUUGAGUUGCCAAAGAAUCACCCUUCACAAAAACCUCUUCUUCUCUUUUGUUCUCAACUCUGUGAUCACCAUCAUUUUUCUGACGGCCGUGGCCAACAACCAGGAGCUGGUGCAGAGGAACCCAACCAGCUGUAAAGUGUCCCAGUUUAUUCAUCUCUACCUGUUUGGCUGUAACUACUUCUGGAUGCUGUGUGAAGGGAUCUAUCUGCACACUCUCAUCGUCGUGGCUGUUUUUGCUGAGAAGCAGCACCUGAUGUGGUACUAUCUCCUGGGCUGGGGCUUUCCUCUUAUCCCGGCUUCCAUACAUGCCAUAGCUCGGAGUUACUACUACAACGAUAACUGCUGGAUCAGCUCCAAGACGUCGCUGCUCUACAUCAUCCACGGCCCCAUCUGUGCUGCUCUUUUGGUCAAUUUGUUCUUUCUACUGAACAUCGUGCGAGUCCUCAUCACCAAACUGAAGGUGACCCACCAGGCGGAGUCCAGCCUGUACAUGAAGGCGGUGAGAGCCACCCUCAUCCUGGUGCCCCUCCUGGGGAUACAGUACGUCCUGCUGCCCUACAAGCCUGCGGGGCGGGCGUCCUCCGAGAUCUACGACUACAUCAUGCACAUACUGAUGCAUUAUCAGGGUUUGCUUGUGGCCACCAUCUUCUGCUUUUUCAAUGGAGAAGUUCAGGCCGUUCUGAGGAGGCACUGGAACCAGUAUAACAUCCAGUUUGGCAGCAGCGUAGGAAACCACUCGGACGCCCUGCGCUCGGCCUCCUACACGGCCUCCUCCAUCACCGAGGUGCAGGGCUGCUACAGCAUCGACGGCCACUCAGAACACAUGAACGGGAAGAGCUUCCACGACGCAGAGGCCCCCGUCUUAAAAUCAGACAAUCCCUUCGCCUAAAAUCAUCCGAACAAACGUCCCCCGCCGGCUUCAAGCCAGACGCAUGUUUGGAGUCCUGCGACCACAUCAGACAUUUCCCAGUGUCAGAAGAGAUGAGUCGGGGAAAGGACUUCAGAUCCAGACUCUCAUCCACCCGAUGGAAACCGCUCUCCAUCACCUCUCAGUCACUCUCACCUUUAAUUAGCUACUGCAAAGAGACUAAGACACAUCCUGAUAAAUCACCUGACAAAAUCGUUUUUCAAUUGAUGAAAACUGGCUGCUGGGUUGGUGUUUCUCUGGGGUCAUGUUGUUCACGAAAAGGCUUUUGGUUACACUGUAAAAAAAAGGAAAAGAAAAAGUAAUGACACGGUUGGUGCCAAACCAAAAGAUCUCGCCUGCUUCAAUUCUUUUUAUUUUGAAUGAUCAAUCCAAACGGGAUUGGACGUCUCACAGGUUCACAGUAAUAGUAGUAAUAUAUUAAAGUUAUAUAAUAUCUUUCACGUUACACUUAAUUUAUCUAAACAUAUUCAUUUUUUUAUUAUUAAAUGUAAACAAAAUAAAUACCACACAGUAUUUAUUGAAAGUUGACACGUUUUCGUUUAUAUCCUGAUGCGACUUCCUCAGAUUCUCUCACCAUUAGUUUUUCACGUCCAGAUAUUUUCUUAACACGGUGGAACAACACAGAGGAGCUACGCUGGGUUUUAACUUCUCAUUGCGAUUGAAUGUAACAUUUAAAGACCUGGCUCUGGAUAUAAAUGCAUCACAUUCCCUUUCACUGAUGUCUUCACCCUUAAUCUCGUCAUAUUGGUUCAGAAAAUCAUGAAACAGCUCAAACAUGCAGGUACCUCAGGUAGAAGAUAAACUGUAGUUCUGUAAUGAUUCAGUGUUUUUAUUCCUUCAUUGUGCAGCAAAGUCAAAUUUCACCUGAUGAGCCAAAUGUCAUCACGCUAGUAUGUUUUUUUUUGGGGGGGGGGUCAUAACCUUAGGGAAACAGCCAACGUAUUCUGAACAUACUGUUUUUUUAUUUCUUUUGCAGUCAGGCUAUAAUAACAUGGUUUUAAGUCAGGAGUAGUUACAGUCGUCACAUUUUCAUGCACAAGCGCGUUGGUGAACAUGCGUGUGUUUUCCUGCCAGUCUCAAAUUAGUAAAAUCUAUCAACAGGCAGAUAGAAGGGGCCCUUAGGGAGGACACUGAUGAUGCACUGCAACACCUUCAUGUGUUUAAUUGGCCAAACAGCAGAAAUCUGGGGGUCUUUGUUUUUUAUUGAGACUUGUUUCAGUAGCAGCAAAGUGUGAGGAAGUUAAACCUCUGCAGAGAGAAAAUUCAUAAGUUCUCCUCAUUACAUUCUUUUCUUCUGAAAUACAAACCAACUAAAGAAUUAUUGGCCCCACCCACUCAACCCCUCCCUCCUAAUAAAUCACAGCAUGUGAUAAAAAUCAAUGCAUUCAUCACCUGCAGUCUUUUUUCAGUUCAUUUAAUCUGUGCGACAUUUGGAUGAAAACUUAAACACACUGCUCCAGGUGAAGAUUGUGACGGAGUUAAAGAGGAUUCAUGCAUUUGAUGAUGAUGUUGCUGAUGAUGAUGAUGAUGAUGAUGAUGAUGAUGAUGAUGAUGGUGUGGCUGUAUCUUUCUUUGUUAACUAGAGCCCUGCAUUGAGUGUGUCAGUCUGCCUACAGCCUUAUACACAAUUAUACAUGUCAUGUUGUCGCUGUGCAAAAUGCAUCAACUCCAACAAAUACUGUACAAAAAAAAAAAAAAACUUUAAGGAGCAUUUAGUUAAAUCAGGAUUAAUCGUUGCACUUUUUUGCAGGUAUGUCAGUUCACAAACCUUUAUCAUUCUCAUUUCAACACUUUGUCCAUAUUGCUGGGAACAUGAGUCACAUGCUGAUGUACAUAUUUUUUGUAAAUCUAACUUUUCUGAGGAUGAGUUCAGAACCUGUGUGUGUGUGAUUUUUAUAUUCGGUAUUUAUGUGUUUUUGAAAGGGAAGGGUGGGGUUACUAGCUUCUUGGGACUCUCAACAUGCUACUGUAUCCGUCUCCAUCCUUCGUAGAUUCUGUCGCCUUUCUAUCAAAACCAAAAGUGUACUUCCUGUGACAUGGUAUUUCAUUUUCCAGUCCGUCUUUCUUUUGGAGUGUGGUGUGGAUGAACUAGCUGUGCUCCAAAAUUACCAAUUACCAUCCAAUGAAAUGUUAAUAACUGUCACGCUUGUAGAUAUUCAUGUGUCAUGAUAACCUCUGAGUAUCUUUAUGUCCGUUCUGUCGCCGCUGUGAUUAAAUACUAUUCAGUUCAACUUAAAUGUGUUCAUAUAGAGUCAAUAACAAGCCAAUCAGUGUUUACGACGCUUUGCCGAAUCCAGAGCCUGAAGCCUCCAGAGCUGAGGAGACGGUAGCAGGAAGAAACGUUGGAGCAGAACCCAGCGAGUGAACUCAGGCUCUAGUGACACGUAGACACUUUGUGAUUUUCAGACCAGAUCUGCAGGACAGCGUCUCCAUUUACUCCUAAACCAUCCACACUAAACCCUGCAGCUCCGCCUCACUGCCGGGGGCUGAUGUAUACUGACGAGAGAGUUGUGACGUCUUCAUAAAUCCAGUAAUUUAUUGUGUAGUGAUGCAUUCUAAUCAUUUAUGAAGCUACAGCCCAGGAAAAGAUUUUUUUUGUCAAAUGUAGUCGAUCUUGUGUAUCAUUUAACUUGUUAAUUUAUGUGUGAACUAUGACUCCCCAGUGACUGUCUUUGAUAAAACAUUGUAAAGUAUUACAGAAACAUUGAGGACAAUGUCUGUAGGUUUUGUUUCUACUGUACUGUAUGUAACUUUGGCUUCA